AUGGACGCAGAAAUUGAACCUUCAUGUGAUAGUUGGUUUUAUGGCACUCAACUUGGUCUGAAAUACUCAUCAGUUUGUCGUAGACUCUUGCGCCCUUCUAAAGUAUUAAAGAUUGAAGAUGUGAUCCUCCUCUCUUUGGUUCUUGGGUCGAGAGUAGAUGAGAAAAUUGCACUAAAUAAGACAAAAAUCCUGUUAGGUAGCAACACUGGUAAAGAUCCUAGGGUGUUUCCUGAACACGCCCAACAAGAACUAUCAGGUGGUGUUUCAAGUACAGGACGUCUUGUACAAAAUAUCACUAUGCAGACAGGAGAGGAAUUUUCUGUGACUGCUGGAAGGGUUCUUGUUUCACCCGACAUACCUCGAAAUCGUGAGAAUGUGUUUGGAUUGAAUAGGGAGAAUGACAAUGUGAGAUAUGAAGAUCUUACUAAUAUUUUGGGGUUGACGAGAAUGAACUCUGAGAAUUCUUCUGACAUAUCUGACUUUGCAUCUAUAAAACAGUCAGUUCAGGAGAAGGAAAAUGGUGCUUCUGUAAACAUUUUUAACAAAAUUCAAAAGGGAGAUGGUAUGUUGAGGAAGGCUGUUGAAGAACCAGUCGGUGACCAGUCUGGUAUCCCAGUUGUAUCACCCUUUCACAGAUAUAAAGCUUCUCAGUCCAAUGGAUUUUCUGGUUCAGGGGUUUUUGAUGAUUUUCUGUAUGGGAAAAUGAAGUUUCUGUGCAGUUUUGGUGGAAAAAUAUUACCAAGACCCAGUGAUGGGAAACUCAGAUAUGUAGGGGGAGAGACCCACAUCAUAUCUAUCCUAAAGGAUAUUUCAUGGGAAGAGCUUAUGAAGAAGACCUUGGGUAUUUGCAAUCAACCUCACACUAUCAAGUACCAGCUUCCAGGGGAGGAUCUUGAUGCUCUAAUUUCUGUUUCCUCUGACGAAGAUCUUCAAAAUAUGAAAGAGGAAUACCAUGGGCUUGAAAGGCAUGAACGUUCACAAAAACUUCGAAUUUUUUUAGUCCCUUUGGGUGAAUCUGAAGAGACAUCAUCAACAGAGGUGAGUGCUGUUCAGCAGGGUGAUCCUGAUUACCAAUAUGUUGUCGCCGUAAAUGGCAUGGGAGACCCUGCUAGGACAAACAUUGGUGGGCAGAAUUUGACAAAUGAAUCUAGUCAGUUGGGGACAGAUUUGAAUUUUGCUCCAGCUCUCUUGAAAAAUCCAAAUGCUUCUCCUUUGGAGAUUAGGAAUGCUAUUAAUGCUUUAAAUUCAGAUGGAAUUUUGAAUGAUUCCCUGAAUUUGCAGAGGCCCUUGCCAAUUCCUCUCACUUCAAUUCCAGUAACAGGUUCUAGCACAGGUUAUAUACAAUUACUCGGUGACCACUCAUGUCAGGGAAGCAUUGACAGUAAUGCAUCCUUUGCUACUGCUCAGCUACAUCCUGAGUACUCCAAUAUAAGCACUUGUAAUUGCAGAAACCCUCAGCAUGUGGCUGCUACUUUGCUAAGUGACACCUUUCCUUAUCAGUAUGGUGAUGUUGGUCAGCCCGAUAAGCUCAAUGGAGGUCAUUUGGACUACAAUCCUGGCAAGGAAUUAGUGACUCCUGUACAUGUUAAUCCCAGAGAUGAAGCUUUUGGUAGAAAGUCCUUGCAAAGGGAAGGAAGGAUCUACUCUGAAAGACCUGUUUCACACUUGGAUGAUCCAAUCUGUCAACAGGGUGAAUCUUAUGGAAUUACAGAUUCCCCUCAUGGGAUGCCUCAUGCCUUUUCUGAUCCACAGUUGCAAGAGAGUGGAGCAAGGUCUGGGCACUGCUCCCAAAAUGGAUAUGGUCAAUCUUUCUCCUUGAAUCUUGGAAAGGGUCAAUUAUCUUCAACGUUAAUCACUAGUGUCUCACAAGUGAACGUUAUGGAGCAUCUGUACGAUUCCAUUGUCCAUCAUCCUCAAAUUCAAAGUACAGCACCAAAAAUUGAGUCAGUUGAGACACACAAAAGGCAAGAUUUGGCAUCUUCUCAAUACUAUGAGUCAAUGGGAAUGAAUGAUCUUGUUCACAUGGAUAACAUUUCAACUGAAAAAAAGAAAUUUAUUGCUCAAACUGAGUUGAGUAUACCCAGCUAUGUUGCAAAGGAUGUUCAGGAAAAUUCUGUGAAAUUAAAAAGGAUGAACAUAAUUGAACAGAAGAAUUCUAUUCCAAAGGAUAGCAAGGUUCAUGAGGGGAAAUCAACUGUCUUUGAUAAGGGAUUUGUAACUGAAUUGCAUCUUUUUGACUCCGUUCCUACUAAUAACUUAAAUGAUAAUAAUAAUAUGCAAAAGAAUAGGGAGCUACCUUCUGAGGGUAUUGUUCCUAGUCCAUCAGGCACGAUGGGCUUCUCCUUAAAUAAUCUAGUCGGAAAGGCCCUGUUUGAUUCUGACAUGAGCCUAAGGACUAGUGAUCACAAAAAAUAUGCAUUGGCUGAAGGUCUGAAUGGUGAACAACGGUUUGAUUUUUCAUUGACCAGAAAUUUUGAUUUAAAUGCUCCAAUUUUGAAUUCUGAAGUAGGCUCUUGUGACAAAAGUUCUCGAGGAGAUCACAUGUUCAAGCGGUCCAUUCACCCAGUUUCUCUUAAACCUGCACAAAGUCAUCCUUCAAAACAUCAUAUGGUUCUAGGUUUUCAAGAAAAUCCUGUAGUAAGCUCUGCAAGUUUGUAUCCUGCUGCAUUUUGUGAUGAUCUUGAUCCAAAUCUAAACAUGUCUAUAAAUGGCCUUGAUAGUUCAAUUAAUAUUUUGUCGUUUAAAAAGGCACCAUCUCUGCUUGAUGACUUAAUUACCAACAAUGGUCAAAUGGUGGAUCAAUUUAUCCCUAAACACUUUGCCCCAGGAAUGUCAAUAGUUGAAGAUAAAAUUUCAGAACAAUCAAAAGUUUUAGAAGGUUGUACUGAUGUGAAUCAAGGGGAGUCGUUCAUAGUAGCAGACAUGACUGGUGUUGUUCAUCCAUAUAUUUCUGGUGAUGUUGUAAAUGGUGUCAUAUCCCCAUCUCAUAUGGAAGAGAGCAUCAUCCCUGAGUUUGAACCCGAGGAUUUCAAUGAAGACAAAAAUAAAUUCCUUUCUGAUGCAAUGAUAGCAGAAAUGGAAGCUAGCAUUUAUGACUUUGCUAAUUCAAUAAUAAGGAAUGCUGAUCUUGAAGAACUUACGGAGUUAGGAUCUGGUACUUAUGGAACUGUUUAUCAUGGAAAAUGGCGGGGAACAGAUGUUGCUAUAAAGAGAAUUAAAAGGAGCUGCUUUGCAGGGAGGUCUUCCGAGCAAGAACGGUUGGCAAAAGAUUUCUGGAGAGAGGCACAAAUCCUCUCAAAUCUUCACCAUCCCAAUGUGGUUGCAUUUUAUGGAAUAGUACCGGAUGGGUCUGGAGGAACCUUAGCAACUGUAACAGAAUACAUGGUUAAUGGUUCCCUUAGGCAUGUCCUUGUAAAGAACAACAGAUUACUUGAUCGCCGUAGAAAACUAAUAAUUGCCAUGGAUGCAGCUUUUGGUAUGGAAUAUUUGCACUCAAAAAAUAUCGUCCAUUUUGAUUUGAAAUGUGACAAUUUGCUUGUCAAUCUAAGGGAUUCACAACGACCAAUAUGCAAGGUUGGAGAUUUUGGACUAUCAAGAAUUAAACGCAAUACCCUUGUAUCUGGAGGUGUGCGAGGAACCCUUCCAUGGAUGGCACCAGAGCUUUUGAAUGGGAAUAGCAGUCGGGUUUCUGAAAAGGUUGACGUUUUCUCAUUUGGCAUCUCAAUGUGGGAGUUAUUAACAGGAGAGGAACCUUAUGCAGAUAUGCAUUGUGGUGCGAUUAUUGGGGGCAUUGUAAAGAACACUCUUAGACCUCCUGUGCCUGAAGGAUGCGAUUCUGAAUGGAGGAAGCUUAUGGAAGAGUGUUGGUCACCUGACCCCGAAAGGCGACCAUCAUUUACAGAGAUCACUAGCAGGUUAAGAUCCAUGUCUCUAGUCCUUCAAGCAAAAGGGAAUUAUCAGGCACAUCAGUUAAGACCCUCCUGA